AUGGAAGACCAGGACACAGACGUCAAUCUCAAUGGCAUCGCUGUGCCAUUUGACACGCAGAGGGACGUUGAUGCGGCGUCAUUGUCUAGAGCGUGGCACUGCUUUGGGCCGCUGAUGCAGGGCCGGUCAGAGGGCAACGUCCGGCGAGCUGGUCGCAAUCUGGGCGUUUGCCUAUGCGGCGCUGGCACACCCCGAGGGGCUCCUGAGGUCGGAUGCGGCAUUUUUCCUUCCAAUUUGAACUCGGGGCCAUGGAGGUGUGCCGUACUCCCGGCAGACUCGGAUGGAGAGGCGGAGUCCCGAGAGCCGGAAGUGCAUCGAGAAAGUGCAGAGCGGGAGGACCGCGGGCGGGAUAGCAUCAGUGUCACAAGCACCUGCUCGCCCUCGCCAGGGGUGGAGCGGCACCCAUCGCUCUCCGAGGGAUGUCCGAGCGCCACAGCCAUAGGCUCGAGGGGGCGGAAGGAGGUGACUGGUGCGCGGCUUUGUGGCAGCCUGCUUUACCUAGGGAUGUUGCGCAUUGCAGAUCUCCAUCGGAACCAGUGGCGGGCACUGCCUAGCAGGCCUUCGGUGCGAUGUGAAGGGCCGUCGGCCAACAGCCACCCCACGGCCUUCCCCGAGCACACCCAGCAGGUGCCCCUCACACCGCAGAUGGACAAGGAGCAAGGCUUCAAGAAGUACAAGAAGUAUGACGAGUCGAUGGGCCCAUUUCCCGACACCUUCGACUUUGCCAAUCAACUGAAGCUCACGGAGGAGCAAGUGAAUCAGACCUAUGAGCACCAGCUGCCUUUCCACAUGAAGGUGGAGGGCAAUGCGAAGCCCGAGUUCUCCACCAACUGGGAGCGCGCAGUUGCUUACCAUCAUGGGCUCUACGUGCCUGAGAAGUACACGACGACGAAGACUGCGGAUGACAUUCGCCUCGCGGUGGCCGAUUUCUCUGAGAAGGUGCACAAGGACUCCCCCAAGGACGCGUGCAAGUACUUGCAGAUCGAGGAGUUCAGGUGCUUGAACGUUUAUCAGUACCAGACGCAGCCGGAGGUGGCGUCCAAGAAGUGUAUGAAGUGGUGGGACGAGCUUCAGAAGUGCCAGUGGGAUCAAGCCAAGUUUAACGCCGGCACCACCUAUAUCGAGGGCCCCCAGAUGCGCCGACGCCGUGCGUACAUCUUCUACCCCGACUUCAAAUAUGCCUGA